AUGUGUGCACGACUGUUAGCAUGCCCUUUAUGCUCUCAACCAGGUUUCUUAACACUGGAUGCUCUGCGAACAGGAUUGAUAAGUGUAGCAACUCGACCUCUUUCAUGCCCAGUGUGCAAUGAAAUAUUACUUGGUAUAGACAAAUUAACCAUUCACUUAUUUAGUCAUACUAUCAAUUUACAUAGUAACAAUACAGUGGAACCUUCAAAACAUACAAAUAUUGCCACCAGCAACAGUAAUUCAUCGACAGUACAUAGUCCACAAAAUACAAGUUUUCAGGAUUGGAAUGUAUGUAAGAUACAAGCCACAGAUGAAAAUGAAUGUUUAGAAAAUCAUUUAAAUAUCCAAAGCAACUUAAAAUCUUCGAAGAAUAUAGAAGCUACAGAAGAAAAACUUUCAAUUAUGAAUUCAGGGGUUUGUAUACAAGAACAAAGUUUGCCUAUGAAUAAUACACCUGAAAUUGCAUUUCUACCAAAUUCAAUUUGCAAAAGUGAAAGCAUAAAUAUGAUUCAGAAAAUUCAUGAAAAUGAAAAAAUAAUACCAAAAAUAAAAAAAGAUUCUCAACAAAUACUACAAGGAGCUUUAAAAGUAAGUUAUACCACACAGUAUUACACAGCAGAUAAUAUUAAACAUGCAAAUACAGUAGAAAAUCAUGCUCAAAGAGACCAUGAGAAUAUACAAACUUUUAAACAAUGGAUUGAAAAUCAACACUGUGACCGACAAACUUGUAUAAAUGGAGAUACAAGUCCACUAGAAAGAUUUAGAACAGAAAGUAAAGAAUCUUGUAAAACUAAACAAAACUAUAAUGAACACAUGGCACCGGAUGAUAAAUUCCCAGCAACACAUACUACAACAACUUGUACCAAUGCAUUGGCAGAAAAGUAUAAUAAUGAGAAACAUGGACAAGACAGUUCACCUACUACCUGUAAUCAAAACCAAACUGAUAUUCUCAAAAAUGAACAAAUAUUAACCCAGUUGAAACUUCUCAAACCAUUGCCUACAGAGGAGAAGACUGAACAUUGCAACAUAUGUGGCUUUCACUUUCCUGACUACAAUAUUCUGCUUUUACACAAACAAUUAGUGCAUACAAUCAAUGAAAAAGAUUUGGAUAUCAUUCCUGAAAACUUUCUUAAAAGUUAUUCAUGUCACUUGUGUUCUAAAAUUUUUAAAAUGCGUGGUAGUUUAAUGGUCCACAUGAGAGUAGCACAUAUGGGAUACAAUUUAGGCUCUUUAGCAAAAGGUGGACAAGUAGAACUUAUCUUCAACGAGAAUAAAUAUAACUGCCCUACAUGCGGAAAAAUAUUCAAAAAGGAGCAACAUGUAAUACAGCAUUUAAAAACUCAUGAAGCUAAGCAAUGGGAAUGCGAUGUAUGCAGCAAAAUGUUCACUACAAAAUAUUUUUUAAAAAAACAUAAACGAUUGCAUUCGGGAGAGAUGCCUUAUAAGUGUAAUAUAUGUAAUAAAACGUUUACUUUCCAACAAUCGUAUCAUAAACAUAGAUUAUAUCACAAAGAUGAUAAACCACAUACAUGCGCGACUUGUAGCAGGUCAUUUAAAGAACUAUCUACUUUACAUAAUCACGAAAGGAUUCAUACAGGGGAGAAACCUUUUGCAUGUGAAACUUGUGGAAAAUGCUUCAGACAACGUGUUUCAUAUCUAGUUCAUCGUAGAAUUCAUACAGGAGUUAUGCCUUAUAAAUGCACAACAUGUGGAAGAAGUUUCAGAUACAAGGUAAGUCAGAGAACUCAUAAGUGUCCAGCACAACAGGUGGCAAAUCUGCAACAACCAAACAGUAUGGAUCAGAAGGCAAUACAGUUACCACAUGCACAAGACUUAACUAAUAAUCCAUGUAAAAUCCAAAAAGAUUCUGUAGAAGAAAGUCAAUCAAUUUUAAAUGUUAUAAAUAACGAAGAGAAUAAAUACAUCUUGAUAAUAAACACUCAGGGUCAACAUCUUUUAACAAAGGAAUCAAACAUUAGUAAUACACGAGUAAUACAAGGUAUAGACCAAAAAUUAGAUGAAUGUAUAAGCAUUAAUGACAAAAAUGAAGAAACAAAGAAUAUAUGGAGGUCUGACAUUCCUAAUAGCAAUAUAUUUAAGAAAACACACAAAGUAUCUGAAGAGCUAUAUUCAAAAAAUGAGAAACCACUUCAAGAAAAUACAAAUGACUUCUUCUCAAUGAUAAUAUCUCCACUUGAAAAUGGAAUAUCCUCUCCAACUGCUGAAAUGGAACAUUUACGACUAUCAUCACCAGCACAAAAAGAUGUAUUAAAACCUUAUAAUAAUUUUGGCAAUACAACACACGAAAUAGAUAUAAAUAACACAAAUAUAGAACAAAGUUUUAAUAGUGAAGAAAAUGUUACGAAUACAUUACAAACUAUAAAUGAAGAGUCUUUAAAACAACUUCUGUACGGAAUUAAUGAAAAAUAA